UAUAAACAAACGAAAAACAAAAUAAAUACUAAAACAAAAUCUUCAAAAAUUAAAUUUAUUUUGACUCAUGAUUCAGCUUUUCAUUUGUACAUAUCCAAUUUGCAUUGAACAAAACAUUAAUUGAAUUAAUGUUACAAUUUUCAUAGUAUUUUUCCACACUUGUGAUUGAUAAUGGGCAACUUGUUUGGAAAAUCCAACAGUAAAUCAAAAGUAAGCCGAGUAACUGAUCAGGAUAAAGCUGUACUGCUAUUGAAACAACAGAGAGACAAGUUGAAACAAUACCAAAAGCGAAUAGAACUACAGCUAGAAAAAGAUCGCGAAAUUGCAAAGAAAUGUUUAGCAGCCGGAAGAAAAGAACGAGCGAAAACACUGCUUCGCAAGAAAAAAUAUCAGGAGAAACUGCUUACCAACGCCGAUGCACAAAUAGAAACAAUCGAAAAGUUAGCCUCGGACAUAGAAUUUGCACAGGUAGAGGCUCAGGUCGUCAGUGGUCUUAAGGUGGGCAACGAAGCCCUGAAGAAGGUGAACGAAAUCCUUUCGAUUGAGGAAGUCGAACAGAUACUGGACGAAACGCGGGAAAGCAUUGAAAAGCAGCAGGAGAUCGAUGCCCUGCUGAACGGCGUCCUGACGGAGGAAGACGAGGAAGAAGUGCUAGCGGAAUUGGAAGAGCUCGUUGCCGGCGAGGAGGAUGGAAAGGAAAACAUUGAUGAACGGUUGCCCGAUGUGCCAGAACAUGAACCAGAGCAUGAAAGGAAACGCAAGGAAAAAGACUCGGAACGCUCGGGGAAGAAAGUAGCCCUAGAGGCGUGAGCGGUGAUAAUGUAGUGGAUAUUGGAAACGAAACUAACAACGUUUUUUAUCAUUGGAUUUUUAAACCGAACAGCUUUUUAUGGAAAGGAAAAGUUUGGAUGUUCCGUGGAUGUUAAAUGUGCAAGCAUUUACAAAUAGAGGAAAACCAUUAUUUUUGUUGUGGCUAUUUUUAAUUAAAAUGAUGCGAUAAUAUAUUAUGUAAAAAAA